ACCAAGAUCGGGGAAGGCAGGCGGCUCCACCCUGCCCGGGGCGGCCACCCCGGGCCUCAGUCUGCCCCGGGGGACCGCCAUGAACGCCACGGGGCCCCCGGCCGAGGCGGCCGAGUCCUGCCAGGAGCUGGCGGCCGGCGGGCACAGCCGCCUCAUCAUCCUGCACUACAACCACUCGGGCCGGCUGGCGGGGCGGCCGGGGCCCGAGGACGGGGGCCUGGGGGUCCUGCGGGGGCUCUUCGUGGCCGUGAGCUGCCUGGUGGUGCUGGAGAACCUGCUGGUGAUGUUGGCCAUCGUGACCCGCAUGCGCUCCCGGCGCUGGGUCUACUACUGCCUGGUCAACAUCACCCUGAGCGACCUGCUCACGGGCGCCGCUUACCUGGUCAACGUCCUCUUCUCGGGGGCGCACACCUUCCGCCUGGUGCCCGCCCAGUGGUUCCUGCGGGAGGGCGUGCUCUUCGCGGCGCUGGCCGCCUCCACCUUCAGCCUGCUCUUCACGGCUGGCGAGCGCUUUGCCACCAUGGUGCGGCCGGUGGAGAGCGGGGCCACCAAGAAGGGCCGCGUCUAUGGCUUCAUCGGGCUCUGCUGGCUGCUGGCCGGCCUGCUGGGCCUGCUGCCGCUCCUGGGCUGGAACUGCGUGUGCGCCUUCCAGCGCUGCUCCAGCCUGCUCCCGCUCUACUCCAAGCAGUACAUCCUCUUCUGCGUGGUCAUCUUCGCCCUCAUCCUGGCCACCAUCACCGCGCUCUAUGGGGCCAUCUUCCGGGUCGUGCGGGCCAACGGGCAGAAGGCGCCGCGCUCCCCGGUCCGCCGCAAGGCCGACCGGCUGCUCAAGACGGUGCUCAUGAUCCUGGUGGCCUUCGUGGUGUGCUGGGGGCCGCUGUUCUGUCUGCUGCUGGCUGACAUCUUCGGCUCCAACGUCUGGGCGCAGGAGUACCUGCGAGGCAUGGACUGGAUCCUGACGCUGGCCGUGCUCAACUCCGCCGUCAACCCGCUCAUCUACUCCUUCCGCAGCCGCGAGGUGUGCCGGGCCGUGACGGGCUUCCUCUGCUGCUGCUGCCUCCGGCUGGGCCUGCGGGGGCCCGGGGACUGCCUGGCCAGGGCGGCCGAGGCCCACUCCGAGGCCUCCACCACCGACAGCUCGCUGAGGCCGCGGGACAGCUUCCGGGGCUCCCGCUCGCUCAGCUUUCGACUGCGCGAGCCGCUGUCCAGCAUCUCCAGUGUGCGGAGCGUCUGA